AUGGCCGAUCAGCUUAACAUGGGCGGCCUCUCGAUCGACAACCGCCAGCCCAACGGUAUUGGUGGCGGUCGUAGUACUUACAUCCCUCCUCAUAUGCGCGGUAUGCAGGCUGAACCCAACAACGCCCGACCUCCGCCAAUGAGCAGCUCACCUCAAACAAACGGUGCUUGGGGCGGCCGUGAUAUUCGUAACAUGCCCGGCGGCGGAGCCCCUCCGAGCUGGGCCGAUGCCCCGAACUUCACUCCACGCGAUGGACCUGAGAGCGCUCAGGGUGGCGGUGCGCCUACCACGUGGAAUAGUGCCCCCUCGCGUCAGUUCGAUCCUAAUGCUUACAGAGGAUCUGGAGGUUCGUCAUAUGGAGGUGGCGGCAACGCCGCUCGCGGUUCCGGAGAUGGUCAAUGGCGAGAUGGGAAACAUGUACCCGGCCCGCCAAACACCCGUCUUGAGCGUGAACUUUUCGGUGUCCCCAAUGAUCCUUCAAAGGUGCAGUCUGGUAUCAAUUUCGCGAACUACGACGAUAUUCCUGUGGAGGCUUCCGGAAAUAAUGUGCCCGAGCCCACCAUGCAAUUCAGCAACCCUCCUCUUGAUGAACAUCUCUUGUCGAAUAUCAAGCUUGCGAACUACAAUACACCUACUCCUGUCCAAAAAUACUCUGUUCCCAUCGUCAUGGCAGGUCGUGAUCUAAUGGCCUGUGCUCAAACAGGUUCCGGAAAGACUGGUGGUUUCUUAUUCCCUAUUUUGUCUCAAGCAUAUCUUAAUGGUCCAGCUUCAAACGCGCCGCCUCAAGCCGGUGGCAUGGGCUAUCGUUCACGCAAGGCACUUCCAACCUCCCUCAUCUUGGCACCAACCCGAGAGUUGGUUUCACAAAUCUUUGACGAGUCUCGCAAGUUUGCAUACCGUUCCUGGGUCCGACCAUGCGUUGUCUAUGGAGGUGCUGACAUUGGAUCACAGCUGAGGCAAAUUGAACGUGGUUGUGACCUGCUCGUUGCCACACCUGGACGUUUAGUGGACCUGAUUGAGCGGGGGAGGAUCUCGCUGGCAAAUAUCAAGUAUCUAGUCCUUGAUGAGGCAGAUCGCAUGUUGGACAUGGGUUUCGAGCCUCAGAUUCGCCGCAUUGUGGAAGUGGAGGAUAUGCCUGGAGUCAACGACCGUCAAACACUCAUGUUCUCGGCUACAUUCCCCAGAGAUAUUCAAAUGCUGGCCCGUGAUUUCUUGAAAGACUACGUUUUCUUGUCAGUCGGACGUGUCGGCUCAACCUCGGAAAACAUUACCCAGAGCGUUGAGUAUGUCGAGGAUAUGGACAAGCGGUCCGUGCUGUUGGAUAUCUUGCACACCGUUGGCGCCGGUCUUACCUUAAUCUUUGUGGAGACGAAGCGCAUGGCGGAUUCGCUGUCCGACUUUCUUAUCAACCAGAACUUCCCUGCCACAUCAAUUCACGGUGACCGCACUCAGCGUGAGCGUGAGCGAGCUCUAGAGAUGUUCCGCAAUGGGCGCUGCCCUAUCCUAGUCGCUACUGCAGUUGCAGCUCGUGGGCUAGACAUUCCAAAUGUGACUCAUGUCGUCAAUUAUGACCUCCCAACAGAUAUCGACGAUUACGUUCACCGUAUCGGUCGUACAGGACGCGCUGGUAACACAGGAAAGUCCACCGCUUUCUUUAAUCGAGGCAACCGUGGGAUUGUUCGAGAUCUGAUAGAUUUACUCAAAGAAGCUCACCAAGAAGUUCCCGCAUUCCUUGAGAAUGUGGCGCGCGAAGGCUCUGGCUUUGGCGGUGGCCGCGGUGGGGGGGGACGAUCAGGUGGACGUGGUCGAGGAGGUGCUGCUACACGUGACUUCCGCAAGGCUGGGGCUGGAGCUGGAGGUGGUGCAGGAGGUGGCGUUGGCGGCGGCUUUGGCGGCCCCGCUGGAGGUGCGUAUGGAGGCGUGACAGCUUUCUUCCGUCCCAGCUAUGGUGCUCCGGCCUACGGUGGUUAUGGAGGUGGCGGCUACGGUGGGGGCUACGGUAACCCCUCUGGACCAGGUGGCCAAUCCUCCUGGUGGUAG